UAUUAUUUUCGGCUGUCUGAGCCACCUCCUCCUCCUCUUUCACCACCACCGCGAGCCCCCCGUUCCUUUUGUGCUCCCUUUUUCCCGGGGCUGCCGAUCGGCCGCGCGCACGCAUGAAAAGCACGCACGCGGGUCUGCAGAAUCCAUGCAGCUCCUCCUCGAGGGGGUCGCGGUGACUGAGAGCCCCCCCCCCCUCCUCUCUCUCUCUCUCUCUCUCUCCCUCUCCCUCUCUCUCCCCCCGGCUCCUCCUGCGCACGCCCCGGCACCGAUUGUUGACAAAAGACUGCUGCGAGACGGAGCGAAGGAGCCCAUUCCUCCGGUACCGGUGUGGCCGAGGUGAAUCGGUUGUCGGUGGUGGUCGGACCGCAGCAGGCCGGUGUGAAGUGGACGCCCCCUCCUCCUCCUCCUCCUCCUCCUUCUCCUCCUCCUUCUCCUCCUCCUCCUCCUCCUCUUCCUCUCCUCUUCCUCAAAAACACACCCGUUAUUGGUAUUUACCGACAAAAACCAGCGGCCAAGAUGGGUCACCCACUGUGAGUGGAAGCGCCAGACCAGCGUUUCAGGAGGAGGCGGCGGCCUUGGGCAGGUCGAUUCAUCCGGGAAUGGUGUGAGCUGAGACGGCCAGGCAGUCUGGAUCUGACCGGGGACCCGUCAUUCCCCCGGAGCCUCCGCGGCUCCAAGCCGCGACCUGAGCCCUCCAAGAUGGGGAAGUGCGACGGAAGAUGCACGCUGCUGGUGAUAUGCUCAUUGCAGUUGGUGGCAGCCCUCCAGAGACAGGUGUUUGAUUUUCUAGGCUACCAGUGGGCUCCCAUCCUGGCCAACUUCCUGCACAUUAUGGCUGUCAUCCUGGGCAUGUUCGGCACCGUGCAGUUCCGCUUCAGAUACCUCAUCUUUUAUGCAGUAUGGCUGGUCCUUUGGGUGGGUUGGAACUCCUUCAUCAUCUGUUUCUACCUGGAGGUUGGAAACCUGUCUCAGGACAGGGACUUUCUCAUGACGUUCAACACUUCCCUUCAUCGUUCGUGGUGGAUGGAGCAUGGUCCCGGUUGCCUGGUAACGCCAGUGCUAGACUCUCACAUGGCCCCUGACGACCACCAUGUCAUCACUGUCUCCGGGUGUCUCCUUGACUACCAGUACAUCGAGGUGUUGAGCUCAGCCAUUCAGGUCCUAUUGGCUCUCUUUGGCUUCGUAUACGCCUGCUACGUGAGCAAAGUCUUCCAGGAUGACGAGGACAGCUUUGAUUUCAUUGGUGGCUUCGACUCUUACGGCUACCAGCCUCCUCAGAAGUCCUCUCAUCUGCAACUGCAGCCUCUCUACACGGCUGGUUAACUGUUGGUAGCGCCCCCUUCAGGCUCAAAACCCUGACAGUGUCACUGUGGAUGGAACGCAGCGGUCGCCCUGAUUACACUCACUCUGUGUGUCACAGUUUACCCGAGGAAUGGACUUAACCCCACCCAGAGGGAGAGAGAGAGACGUCUGUGUGUGUGUGUGUGUGUGUGUGUGCGCUUGUGUCUGAGAAGGAGAAAUACAGCCCUGAAUAGAAUGUACAGAGCUCAGGGAAGAACCAGCAUACCAGGUGGUGCGAUACGAUCAACGAGAAGGGGACGGACAGGAGAAAUACAAAGAAUAAGAGCUGGGGACACCUCUGUCAAAAUCACCGAAGACACACUUCACUAAACUGCCAGCUCUCAACACUCCCACAAGUGUGUGUGUGUGUGUGUAUGUGUGUAAUAUGUGUGUGUGUGACUGUGUAACUUCACAGGACUAGCUGGUGCUUUAUGGUUGCACCCUGGACUGUUACCACUUGGUGCCCCUGUGAAUUUUUUUGGGGAGGGUGCUUAUAUGUGUGUGUGUGUGAAUGUGUGAGUGUGUGUGUGUGUGUGUGUGUGUGUGGGGGUGGGAAUGUGGGUGGGGUCACAUAAUAAAAAGAGGCACGGCUCGUACCUGUUGUCGUUUUAGAAUGUGGUGAUGUCAAACUAGAGCAGUCUUAACGAUUCCCGUUCCCAAAGCCAUCUUUCCCUCUUUUCUGGUGCAGUUAAACCCACUUUUGACAUUCAAGCUUUGUAACUUAAAGCGCUGAUCUGCUGAGGUAAUAAAGCAGUUGCUGGAGCAGAAAGGAGGAACUGCUUAAAGGAUCAGGCUGGCAAUAUAUUAUGUUUUCUGUCAUUGUCAAAAAAAAAGAAAAAAUCCCAUGAAAAACCAAAACUAAGAAAGCAUUCAUCUGUAAACUGUCCUCAGCUUGUCUGUGACUCUCCGCCCCAAGAUCAUUUGUUCCUGGAGAGGUGUCACAGAGAUAAACUUCUUUUUUUU